UACUGUGGUCGGUCGGUAACCCGAAUGCGGUUACUUUGCGGUUGCAUUUCUAUGUUGUGGUCCGCAAUUUAAUCCAAGUUUAGAGCCUGUUUUGAGAAGAUUGAAGUUGGCUAAAAUUGAUGAAAUUCUAGCUGAUAUGUUCAAGGAUUUAUGUUAGGGGUUGACGAGGGUGGUCUAUCGUCAGAAGAUGAGAACAACAAUGAGGCCAUAAGUAGCGAAGAUGGGGAGCUGAAGAACAAGCUGCUAGAGAAGUAUGGUGGGCAUAUAAGCAGCCUAAAACUGGAAUUUUCAAAGAAGAGAAAGAAAGGGAAGCUCCCCAAAGAUGCCAGACAUAUACUGCUUGAAUGGUGGAAGGUUCACUACCGGUGGCCGUAUCCUACGGAGGCAGAUAAGGUAACGUUGGCUGAAAUAACAGGACUAGAUCAGAAGCAAAUCAACAAUUGGUUUAUAAAUCAAAGAAAGCGACACUGGAGACCAUCAGGACAUAUGCAGCUAGCUGUUAUGGACAACCUCGCCGCCACCGCCGCCCGACAGUUCCAUCGUCUCCCUUGAUUAUAAUACAGAGUAGUAAUAACGGCGAAGUACGACUAAUUCAGCCAGUUUUGUGUCUCAAUCCUCCUCUUAUGAGCAAGUAUUUUGUUGCAUUCUAAAGGCACUUGGGCACUUCAUCCAAAGCAAAUAAAAGUAAGUUAUUUUUCUUUACUUUUAUACUGAAAUUGAUUUUACCAUGUUUUUCUUUCAGAAAAUUAAAUUCUCACCAAAGUGGCUCUUGGUGUAAUACGGCUUAGGCUUGUUUUUAUUUUAAAUGAAUAUCGUAUUCAGUGGCAGAGUCAGAAAUUUAGUAUUAUGACGACCCAAAGGUUGAAAAUUAAAAAUACACUACAUGUUCAUAUUUGAGCUUUUUUUUUUUACAGAUUAUAUGUAUUUGUAAAUAUAUAAGUAUACCAAAAAUAUUGG